AUGGAGACCCGUUUCCUCGAGCGAGCUUCUCCCUCCAUUUCACUUCAUAUUGCUCUCAUGAAUUCGUCGAUUUUCGAUUUUAAAGGCUCAUCGAAGCGGAUUUUAUUCCGCGUGAAACUUUAUCAAAAAGGCGUUCCAGCUCUCGAUUUCGAGCGAUUCGCUCAAUCCGACGCCAGCGUUUUCGACGAGACGCCCAUCAAUUCGAAAAUCGAUGAGACGACGUUCGAAUGGCUUCAGAAUGAUGAGACGGCGUCAAAUAAUAAUAAUAAUGGAACCCAUCGAUUAUUCACGGUGACAAGCGUCGACGAGUUGCCGGACCAUUUGAAGAAAUAUUGGAAAGUUGGCACACCGUGGACUUUGCCGGAAAAUCGAGAGAAACACGAAAUAUUUCCCAGCGAUGAGCAUUUGGUGUUUCGAAAGAAUUCUGGAGUUCAGACGGCGACGAAGAAGAGCCUCAUGUUUCUGCUGGCUCGUCUAGGAUCCCUAGAAUUACAGUAUACAAGUAUUCCCGAGGCCGAGAAUUUCGCGGUGGCUCCCGACGGCUUCAUCCACACCGCUGUCAAUGUGACAUUGCUCGACGGCGACGAAUUCCUAUUCGAUGAUGGCCUCAUCAUUGAUUACAAGCUUCGCCUUCCUCAGGGUGUUCGCCUCGUCACCGACAAUCGAAUGGGACGAACGCGGAAAUUCAGCGCCGAUGAGAAUCACCGUCUGCAUUUCGGCGAGCACAUCGAGCUCGUUUUCGAGCAUUCCUCAGCGAUCAAUGAGCAUCCGCUAUUAAUGCUCCGCAUAUUCACCAUUGAUUAUUGGGGACGUCAACAUAUUGCCGGAUAUGGCUCGUUGUUCAUCUCAAUGCAACCGGGAACACAUCAUACAACGGUUUUCUGUUGGCGGCCGACUUCCAAAAAUUCGCUUUAUGAAUAUUUUGUUGGGCAAGCCAUUGAUGUUGAUUAUUUCGGAAUUCAGGAGAAUUCGACGUUGUCCCGCGUUGGCGUCGAUUCGCAAUCGUCGGGCCAAAUCAACAUCGCCUACUCAUGUGUGUCUCAAUGCCGCCAAUUCAUGGCCAACGAUGUGCUCUAUCAAUUGAAAUAUGGCACAAAAAUGGCGCAAAUGGGAUUGCGUUCCGACUUCUACCAGCGAAUCAUCAAAGUUUUAAUGGAAUUCGAGGAAGCGCGCGCGAAAUUGCUUCAAGCGCGCGCAUUGGCCGCCAAAAGUUUAGAAUACGGUGACCGGCUAACGAUUCUACCAACGGGUCAAAUCGUUGUCCAUUGCACGCCGACGACCCGUCGAAAAGCGUCGAGAAACGCGAAAAAUUGUCUGUACCGUGUGAGAUGCAACAGUGUUCAUUAA